GAAAAUAAUUUCGAUAAACAGCAUACAUGUUAGGUCUGAAUUUUAUCUAGUAAAGAGGCCUAGCAUUACUAUAAAUAUUAGCCAUUGAGAAGUUAGCAAUACUUGUGUGAAAGUGUGGGAUAUUUUAGAGAUAGGGAAGAGAAAUGGCUCAGGUAAACACAGGUAGCAAAAACAGAUGGUCUUUGCAAGGGAUGACGGCUUUGGUCACCGGUGGAUCCAAAGGAAUCGGAUAUGCUAUUGUGGAGGAGCUGGCACAGCUUGGAGCCAGAGUACACACUUGCUCUCGUAACGAAGCUCAACUCAAUGAAUGCUUACAUCAAUGGACCGCAAAAGGAUACAGAGUAACCGGUUCAGUUUGUGACAUGGCGUCACGUGCAGACAGAAAAGAGCUCAUAGCUAGAGUCUCCUCUGAGUUUAAUGGCAAACUCAACAUUCUUGUAAACAACGUGGGAACAAACGUACCCAAACGGACUUUGGAUGUUACGGAGGAAGAUUUCUCACUUCUGAUUAGUACCAAUCUUGAAUCCUCUUACCACAUAAGCCAGAUUGCACAUCCUCUCCUAAAAGCUUCAGAGGCUGCAAGCAUCGUUUUUGUAUCAUCCAUUGCUGGUGUGGUGUCGAUAAAUGUAGGAUCCGUUUAUGGUGCAACAAAAGGAGCAAUGAACCAAUUGACAAAAAAUUUGGCUUGUGAGUGGGCCAAAGACAACAUAAGGACUAAUUCCGUAGCACCAGGGCCAAUCAAAACCGCUCUUGCUGCCGAAGUUCUUAAAUAUCCAAAAAUUCAUGAUGGUUUCAUUUCGCAAACCCCACUUGGACGAAUAGGAGAGGCAGAGGAGGUAUCUUCAUUGGUGGCGUUUCUGUGCUUACCUGCAGCCUCUUUCAUAACAGGACAAACCAUUUGUGUUGAUGGCGGGCUAACGGUGAAUGGUCUCCAUGCAGACUUUGAAUAGAAGCAAGGCCUGUGCACUCCUGUUGUACUAGUCUUUGUCUUAACUCUUAAUUAAUAAUAAGAAUAAAGAGUGUGUGUGUCCUUUGGUUCAGUCUUAUCCUUUGCACGGGUGAAAAAUUCAGCCAAAAAGAAAACAUGGGUUGGAAUUGCAAUUAUGAAUAAUCACAAAGUUUGUCUUUCAAUGUAAUGGGCCAUGCUUAAUGGUGAUAAUAAAUGCCAGAUAUUACUGCAGA